AUGGCAUCUCAGAAGAUGGCAGGUGGUGGUACUGAACAAGAAAAACUCGUAUUGGAUAAAAGAACAGUUAAUAGCCAUAAAGAAUGUCAAGUGAACAUCAUAAGUGUCAAUAGCGCCAAAGAUGAUGCGAAUGUUACUGGAAGACUCACCUUCAAUUCUAAAAGGCGUAAGUGUAAAUGUACCAACGACGGUGAAGUUGUGGUUAAAAAAAGUCGUGGGCAAGAGCAUUUAUCAGCCGAGCUAUCGAAAGAUGUUGGUGAAACAUCUGAUUAUCAAUUUAAUCGUAUUAAUGCAAAAAAGAAAUUUGAUUUUCUUGUCUCGGAAUCGUUUAAAACUUUCGAAAAUGAAUCGAAAGACUUAUUGGUUGAUGAUGUUCAUUUAUUUAAUAUUAUUAAAAGUGUUGAUAUUGGAUCAAUAAAAAAUCGAAGAGCGGCAUUGCAAUGCGAGUACAGUGCUUUGACAUUUAUUACAGGAGGGGCUCUUCGAUUACAUCGUACGUCUCAUCAGUAUGAUGUUGGUAAUACAUUAGAAAAGGUCGUUUAUGGUGUUCCUUUGAAUGCAACAUUUUAUAUUUGUCGCUUAUGUUGUUUGGCUUAUGAAAAUAACUCGAUAUAUCAAAAGCAUAUGCAUAUACAUGGUUCUAUUUUCAAUUGCUUACAUUGUUCGGCAGUGGCAUUUAAUGUUGCCGCUAUGAAAUUUCACGAAUCGCUACAUUUGGGUUCCAGUUCUUCAGACCGAUUAAUUUAUAUUUGUUCGAUUUGUAUGACAGCGUUUUCAAUUGAAGAACGUCUUUACCACCACAUGCAAAAAAUGCAUGGGCAGUAUUUACUAUAUUUUUGUAAAGUAUGUGGUCUUGCUAACAGCGAUGGACAAAUUGUUUAUUCUCAUAUCGCAAAGAAGCAAUGUAAAGAUGAGGUGCUCGAUUCUGUAUGUCAAAUGGGUUUUGUUGCCGCAUGUAUAUUUCAUUUUCAACCAGCUGAUCCACAAAAAUAUGAAUUCUUACAGAAUAAUGGUGCAUUAGCAGUGAUUGUACCUUCAGAAUGUCUUCAUCGAUCAUUUCUAUCUCAAAGCAGUACUGAUCUCUUUUUUAUCACUUGUACCACUUGCAAAUCUUUAUUAUUAAAUCUCAUAUACUAUAUGGCAUCGAAAAAAACAAAUUUCAUUCGAGCACCUGAUGACAACAGUGAUACAAUUCGUAUUCUUACUGCAGCAUGGGAAACUAAGAACGAACAUAUGUUAUCAGUGCAGCCGAUUUUACCAGUCUCAUCUUCUAUCCAUGGUACAAAUUCAUCUUUAUCUGCUUUUGUAGAAGAAAAGCAAACUACAAUAAAUGAUCCAAGCACUGUGGCUGUCGAUCUAAAUGUGGCAUCUAUAAAUAAUAUGAUUUUCCAAAUUUAUUUGAUUUACGAGAUGUGUAGAGAUAUUUACUUGCAGUGGAAAAUGAUGGAAUUACCAGUACAAGAAAGGGAAGCUGUUGAAUUUCUUCAGUGCCAUGGUAUUUUACCGCAGACUAUGGCUUGUCGUAAAGGUCAUGCAGCAAAAUUACAUUUUUGUAAACAUAUAUACUGGAAGUGUGCCAAAAGAACUUGUCAAAAGAAGAUGAGAGUUCGAAGUAGAACCUGGUUGGAAGGGUCGCGUAUACCUAUUACUACAAUUAUACGAUUCAUACAUUGUUGGUGCCAGGAAUCAAACUCCAUUGAUUGGUGUCAGCGCGAACUGAAACUUUCUAAAGAUUGUGUUAUCGAAUGGAAUAAUCGGAUGCGGGAAGUGUGUGUCUCUGCUGUACAACGGAACAAAAAGAAAAUUGGAGGCGAUGGGCUUACAGUAGAAAUUGAUGACAAUUUGUUUAAUAAAAGGAGAAAUAACGAUGAAAAGCCAUUGCCAGAACAUUGGAUAUUUGGAGGAAUUUGUAGAGAAACGAGAGAUAUGUUUAUAGAGGAAGUCCCUGAUCGGAGUGCAAAUACUUUUUUGACAUUUAUAAAGAAAAAUGUUGAGGAGGGAUCAAUAAUUUAUUCGGAUUUUUUGCGUUCAUAUAAGAUUGAGGAAUUGAAUGAAGCUGGAUUUGAACAGUUAAAGGUCGAUUAUAGGUAUAAUUUUGUGGAUCCUAAAACUGGUCUGCUUACACGUCAUAUUGAAAAAUUGUGGGUAUCGUGGAAUAGAAGGAACCGAAGAACCAUUCGGCACCAUCUCGACACAUAUUUGGCUGAAUUCUUAUGGCGCCAAAAUCUACGAGAUGAAAACGUAUUUUAUGCAUUCUUAAGGGAAGUAAAAGAAUUUUGGCCACCGGCGAAAGAAUUUUGGCCAUCGACGAAAGAACUUUAG